AUGGCGACUAACGUAGAGCUCUCCCAGAAGGAGUCUGACAUCCGAAUGAUGAUUGCUGCUGAGGUUCACCUCGGAACCAAAAACUGCAAUUACCAAAUGGAGCGAUAUACUUUCAAGAGACGCAACGAUGGUAAUUUUCUCACGACCUUUCCUCACUUUUUAAUCUCAUAUACAAUGUGUUAUGUGCAGAUUAUAGUUUGUUCAGAGAGAUUCUAUGAUUAUAAUGUAAACUCAGAUUAG